GGUCGUGCACAGGCUUCACAGCAGCGUAACGAAGCGUUUCAAAAUAUUUUACAAAUCUGGCUGUUUGAAGUGGUUACCAAACUGGUUCGGAAUUUCUAAACUGCGAUAUCUGUCGUGACUUCUACUUUUGUUGGUCGUUCUGUGAACAGCUUGAGAGCCGAAACGGGAGCACUUGGUAAAUAUACCAAGCGCACCGUGAUGUUUGAUGACGUCACCUUGGCGGGAUGAUGGCUUUUGUUUGUUUGUUUGUUUGUUUGUUUUCUGCGUGAGAUUAACGAGUGUUCAGGAGCAUAAAACCGAGAUGCCACCAAAGAAGAAGUCCAGAGUGCAUCAACAAAUAGCAAAAUCAGGUGUUGCCUCAGACGCAGGUGAAGAUGACGGGGCUCUCGAAGACGACUGUGCUGACCAGACCGCUGGCCGAAAGAGAAAAGCGCCGUCACAUGUUACGGAGAAUCAGGAGCGAGCAGGUGGUUCCGAAUCACGCGAUGGUCCACAAUACUAUUACUGGCUGAUGAAGUCUGAGCCCGAGAGUCGCUUUGAGAAAGGAGUUGAUGUGAAGUUCGGGAUUGACGAUCUGAAGGCUUUACCCAAUCAAACUGGCUGCUGGGAUGGCGUUCGCAAUUAUCAGGCUUGUAAUUUCAUGAGACAGAUGAAAGAAGGGCAGCUGGCUUUCUUUUACCACAGCAACUGCAAGGAACCUGGAAUAGCAGGACUAAUGAAAAUUGUGAAAGAAGCUUAUGUGGACCACACACAGUUUGACAAGAAGGAUGUCCAUUUUGACUCAACCAGCAAACCAGAUAACCCCAAAUGGAGCAUGGUGGAUGUUCAGUAUCAACGAAUGAUGAAGCGGUUUCUUACACUGUCUGAGCUCAAAGUGUACCACCUCCAGCAUCGUUCCAAAGGCGGACCCCUGAAGGAUGUGGCGCUCUUUACAAGGGCCAGGCUUUCUGUCCAACCCCUGACAUCAAAGGAAUUUGACUUCAUCUUGAGUAUGGAGGACAAAGAGCCACUGUGAUGAGUUGGACCAGAUGUUUGAUGAUGCAGU